AGGUUCCGUUCUUCCCAUGUCGGGGCGGCGGGUGCUGGUGACGUCAGCGCAGGUUGUUUGUGUGACAGUACGGUAGUCGCCGGGCCCGGGCUCCCGCUCUCCCCUCACUCCCUCCGUCCGUCCGCCCCGCACAGGGACAUGUCCACCCCGGCCAGGAGGAGGCUCAUGAGGGACUUCAAGAGAUUGCAGGAAGAUCCUCCUGUUGGAGUCAGUGGCGCACCUUCUGAGAACAAUAUUAUGGUCUGGAAUGCAGUCAUAUUUGGGCCUGAGGGAACACCAUUUGAGGAUGGCACGUUUAAACUCGUCAUAGAAUUUUCAGAAGAGUAUCCAAAUAAACCACCCACUGUUAGAUUUGCCUCAAAAAUGUUUCAUCCGAAUGUUUAUGCUGAUGGUAGCAUAUGUUUAGACAUCCUGCAGAACCGCUGGAGCCCAACUUAUGAUGUUUCAUCCAUAUUAACAUCAAUUCAGUCACUUCUUGAUGAACCAAAUCCGAAUAGCCCUGCGAACAGUCAAGCAGCACAACUUUAUCAGGAAAACAAACGUGAAUAUGAGAAAAGGGUAUCUGCAAUUGUUGAACAAAGUUGGAAUGAUUCCUAAUAUAGCCCUCCCUCUGCUUCACCAGCCUUCCUUUUAUUUUUUUGGUGUGUACAAUUUACCAUCACAACAGACAGAAAUGGAGGAUACUACGAAUGCCACAAUUAAGGAUUUCCAUACGUUGAUGACAAUACACAGAAUACUCUUAGUCCCAUUUUUCCUGUAUCCCUUGUUUGAAAGUGUAAGAGCUUGUGUAUGUCUACUAGUGUAUUUUUUUAUUGCAUGUUGUGCAUGGUUUGAAAAAUAAGUUAUUGCUACAUUUGUAAUAUAUCCGGUUUGUAAUUUUUCCUCUAAUGUAUAAUGUUGGCAUGGAAUUUUCAUAAAACACAUCUUUUGUAAAUCUAAA